GAACAAUCAACCGCUCUUUUUAGUCCUUUUCUCCCCGUCCCCCACUCGCUCCACUCUCCCCACUCUGAUCGGCCAAAGGUAAAGCGGACGCCCCGGCGAAGAAGCUCUCGAACGCCGCCGACCCAUCGUCGUCCAUGGUGAGGUCCCAGUCGCUCGACAGCUACUCCUCCGUCCAGGACGUCACCUACAGCUGCGGCUACUGCGGCUACGCGCUGAACCUGAGCUCCUCGGCGCGGGACACGGCCACCAUCGGCUACUCCAAGUACGGCAAGCAGAUCAGGAAGGGCGUCGUCGCCUUCCACGCCGUCGACGAGUCCCGCUUCACGCUGGCCGACGAGGUCACCUGCGCGCCCUACCUCCGCCCGGGCCGCUCCUGGUCAUGGUCAUGGGGCCUCUUCAGGAGGAGGGCCCGCCUGCUCUGCCGCAAGUGCGGCGGCCGCAUCGGCGCCGCAUACCAACAGGACGACGACGGCAGCACUCCCUCCGCGUGCGGUGGCGGCUCCGACGACGACCUGCGCACCAGCUCAGGUGACAGCGGCGGCGGCGCGUCCAGAAGGAGGAGCUACGUGAUCAGGAUCAGCGCGCUGCAGCCCUCGUCGGACGAUUUCACCGCUGUCCCCUUCUCCCUAUGACGGCGUUGCGAAUUGACUCUGGCAGUGUAUACCGCGAGGACUGUUGCUGAAUUUUGUUUCUCUGUAUUAGUACUUAGUAGACUAGAAGAGCUUGAUGUACUCCGUAUGUAAAUUGGAUCCUACAGUGUCUGUGUUUUGUAAUGAAGUUCACCAAUCACCAUA